AGAGAGAAAGACAAGCUGUCCGGAUAAUCUCGCUUCGUGACGAGUGAUCGCGGUUGAAUCUCUCGAACCAAUCAUCCAUUUGUCGCGUGAAAAAUCUCCGCAAAGGAGAUUCUUAAAGGAGAAAGAAGAGAUCUACGAGCGAGAAGAAAGGAAGAAAGGACAGAGAUUGCUCGUUGAACUAAAGGAAUCCAAGGCAAAAUGAACACGACGAUAAUAAACUACGAGACAACCACGAGCGCGAUCGACUACGAUCGCAAGGGGGACUCGAUGAUCCAGAAUUGCGAGGCCGAUCUGCCGAUCAUCUCGCUGGUCAAUCAGAUCCUCUAUUCCAUCGUCUGCAUCGUCGGUCUCCUCGGGAACACGCUGGUGAUCUACGUGGUUCUGCGAUUCUCGAAGAUGCAAACGGUGACUAACAUGUACAUCGUGAACCUGGCUAUAGCCGACGAGUGUUUCCUAAUAGGUAUACCCUUCUUGGUGACAACGAUGAGCCUGCGUAGCUGGAUAUUCGGCAAGAUCAUGUGCAAAGCGUACAUGACGACGACCAGCAUCAACCAGUUCACCAGCAGCAUCUUCCUUUUCAUAAUGAGCGCCGAUCGUUACAUCGCCGUCUGUCACCCGAUCUCCUCGCCGAAGAUCCGCACGCCGUUGAUCUCGAAGGUGGUCUCUCUGACCGCAUGGGCCGCCAGUGCCCUCUUCAUGAUCCCGAUCAUUCUGUACGCGAACGCGAUGGAGUCCGAGAAGGGGAUCAACUGCAACAUCUACUGGCCGAACGAUCGCGGGGGUCACACCACCUUCACCCUGUACACGUUCAUCCUGGGCUUUGCCAUACCGCUCACCCUCAUACUGAUCUUCUACUUCCUGGUGAUAAGGAAACUGCAGACCGUCGGCCCGAAGAACAAAUCGAAGGAAAAGAAACGAUCUCACCGCAAGGUGACAAAACUGGUGUUGACCGUGAUAACCGUGUACGUAUUGUGCUGGCUGCCCUACUGGCUGAUGCAGGUCGCGUUGAUCUACACACCGCCGAAGCAAUGCCAGAGCAAGAUCACCAUCACCAGCUUCCUGCUCGCCGGUUUCCUCAGUUACAGCAACAGUGCGAUGAACCCGAUUCUCUACGCGUUUCUCAGCGACAACUUCAAGAAGAGCUUCCUGAAGGCGUGCACCUGCGCCGCUGGAAAGGACGUGAACGCCACGCUGCACAUCGAGAACAGCGUGUUCCCGCGAAGAAACAAGGCGAACGCCGAGAGGCUACAGUCGAAUCGAUUGGCCGUGUCCGGCCAGUCGAGGUUGGAACUGGAAGACGAGGACGCGGAGAGAGGGCUGCUGAUCAGCAAAACUUCCACGACCACCGUGACCAUGACGUCACGAUCGAACAUUACCAUUGGCAACGAUUCGAAAGAUCAGGUGCAGAGGGAGAAAGACGCGAUGAAGAAUGGAACGCAGUUGACGUUGUUGACGCAGGUGUAAGAGAUACGAUAUGCGUCGAGAGAACGAAGAUAACAAAAGAUUGUGAACAAAAUGGAAACGACCUCUCAAGGGCUAAGAACGGCCUUUUGCUUUUUCUCUUUUCUUUCACCUGGUGACCAAUGAGCCUAGGAUCAUUUUUUAACCUACCAUCAAUGGUGCGAGAAGGGAACAAAGAUCACGAUUGAAAACAAUGGGUCUCUUGCUCUUUUUCUCUUCUUUCGCCCGGUGCGAGAAGAGAACGGAGAAGAUCGAUAUUAAUGGAAAGAAUGUUUUCGAUGGUAUUAUAAUCGUUGAGGAACGAUUUUUGCUACUUUCCCUCGUGAUCGUGGUACCAAAGAGGGGCAAGCAACUUUGGUCCAGAGUCGCGUUACGAGUAUCAACUCAACUAUAAAUGUUCCCCUGUGUUUGCCUGGUCCACUUCUUUCGUUCUAGCGAUUGAUUUUGAACAUUGUUCGCAGGAAGAGUGAAACAUUGCUGGUAAUCGGUUGUGAAACGAAAUCAAACGUCGCUUGGCC